AUGUCGGCCUCUGCCGCAGACUGGUGGUGCAGUCUUGACGGCAUCCAGUGUGGAGGUAUUCUCUGGGUUGGCCCAACCGAAUGUUGCAGCGACGACUACUACUGUGAGUACCAAAGCGAGUGGUACUCUGUCUGUGUGCCUGUGUCAGACGACUCAAGUUCUACUGGAACCGACUCAGAUUCUACUGGCACCGAUUCUGCGUCGUCCACUGUUUCCGGCUCGUCGACGCUUGCCUCGUCUGUCUCCUCCUCCGACGAGUCUACCAGCUCGACGCAAUCAGGUUCGACGCUUUCGUCGGUCAAUUAUUCCUCUGGCUACGGAGUUAACCCAUCUUCUUCUGCCAGCUCUGCCACCUCUUACACCAGCUACAGCAACUCGUCAUCGGCCUCUACGGGAUCCAGUUCCACCUUGAGUAGCCUCUCGGCGUCAACUACGAGGUCUGCAUCGUCGACUGCCGCUUCGAGCUAUUAUUCUUCUUCGUCCAGACAGACUUCCGGCCAGACAACAAUCUCCGGGUCUGCUUCAAGCCAAAGCUCGGCAUCCAACCAGGCUUCAAACGGAUCCAGCUCUGCUAGCUCUGCUUCAGGUAAUGCCUCAAACUCUGCCACCACUGCCAGCUCUGCAUCAAGUAAUGGAUCUGGCUCUUCUAGCCGUGCUAGCUCUGGCUCAAGUUAUGGCUCUAGCGCUGCAACCUCUGGUUCCAACUCUUCCAUAUCUGCUAGCUCGAGCUCAGCUUAUGCAUCAAGCGCCGCCACCUCUAAUUCAAGUUAUGGAUCAAGCUCUACUGGCUCAGGUUCCAGUUCUUCUAGCUCUGCCAGCUCUGGAUCAAGCUCUGCUGGCUCUGGUUCAAGCUCAUCCAGCUCUAGUUCAAGUUAUGGCUCGAGCUCUAGCUCUGCUACCUCUGGUUCCAGCUCUGGCUCAAGUAAUGGCUCGAGCUCUGCCAGCUCUGCCUCUGCCACCGCAAGCAGCGCCGCUUCUAACGCAUCGUCCGCCUCAAGCCAGUCUACCAGUGCCUCCAACCAAGGAUCCAGUGCAUCGGCCAGCAGUGCAGCCAGCAGCGGAACGUCUUCUGGCUCCAGCUCACAGAGUUCCGGCUCUUCGUCUGGCUCCUCUCAGUUGAGUUCAGGACUUUCCAGCUCUGCUAGCUACAGCUCUGUCCCGGUGACCUCAAGCCAGGCUAGCUCGACUGGUUCCAAUGGAUCCUCAGCUUCCACUUCGUCUGGCUCUGCAGGCAGCACUUCUGCCAGUGGAGCAACCAGUGCAUCUAGCGGAGCAUCUAGCUACGAUGCUUCGAGCGCAAGCGCUACUGUACCAUCCAGUGGUGCUUCUGGAAGCUCCGGCUCUCUAUCCAGCAGAGUCUCCGCUUCAUCGGCUAGUGCUGGAUCCUCGUCUUACGGAAGCUCCAGUGCUUCCGGCGGAGUCUCUAGCCAGAGCAGUCCAUCUUCUGGCCAGAGCUCUGCUUCUAGUGCAGCCAGUGCAACGAAUGGUUCCAGUGGUUCCAGUGUCCUGAACACCAGCUCAUACGUUUCCAGCUCUACGGGGGCCUCAAGUGGCGCUUCUACCACAGGCACAUCCAGUGCUUCCAGCUACGGCAGCCAAAACAGCGCAUCCAAUGCUUCUAGCCAAGCAGCCACCACCUCUGGCGGUGCUUCCAGUGGCAGCUACAGCAGUGCAUCUGGCUCUUCCAGUGCUAGCACUGGGCAAUCGAGCGGCGCUUCCACUUCGACUGGCUCCUCCGGCUCUUCCAGCACCAGCGGCACUACUGCAACCAGCUCUAACCAAAGUCAAUCUGGCGCCUCGAGCCAGACCCUUGGUCUUUCGUCUGUUGUCUCCAAUACCCAAUCCAGUGGAGCUUCCAGCUCAUCCGGAGUCUCUAGCCAAGUCAGUGCUACUUCAAGCGGAUCUUCUGGCAUCUCUACCUCAUCUGGCAGCUCUGGUGCAUCCAGCAGUGCUUCUAGUGGCUUCUCCACUGCGACAGCUUCUGGCUCCAGCUCUGCAACCGGUGCCUCUAGCUACACAUCUGCUCAGAGCGGAGCCUCCAGCCAAAACUCGGCCUCGAAUGCUUCCAGCGCUAGUCAGGCGUCAGGCGUCUCCAGCUACAACAACAGCGGGGCUAUCCAAAGCGGUGCUUCCAGUGCUACAAGUGGUGCCUCCAGUGCCAGCGCUAGCCAGACCACCGCAUCGUCUGGCUCCAACUCUGCUUCCUCGUCUGGCCAAAGCUCUUCAGGUGCCGGCAACGCUUCUGCCAGAGCCUCCAGUACGGCCGGCGCCUCUCAAUCAGCUGGCCAGUCUGGCUCCACUGCUUCCACCACUGCUAAUGGCCAGUCGUCUGCCGUCUCCAGCAGUGCUUCUGGCUCUAACCAGAUUACUGCAACGAGCGGUGCAUCCACCUAUGGCUCCAGCUCUGCUUCAACAGGCACUUCUGGAUACAGUUCGAGCGCCUCUAGCUCAACUGCCGGAGCAUCAACUGCAACAUCCAGCCAGAACAGUGCAUCCAGCAGUGCUGUGUCGAACGGCUCUAGUUCAGUUGCUGUCUCUACCGCUUCUGGCAGUGCCUCUAGUGGAGCUAGUGGAGUUUCUAGUGGAGCUUCCAGUGUUUCUACCGGCACCUCGAGUAACGUCUCCAGUGCUGCCUCCAGCACCAUUUCCAACAGCGCUUCAAGCCAGGUCACUGGGGUCAGUACAUCUAGUGCUGCUUCCAAUGGCUCCAGUGGUUCCAGUGCAACAUCCAACGACCCUAACACUGCCUCGAGUGGCUCUUCCAACUCCCUCACGGCAACGUCUAGCGGAGGGGGCAGCUCAUCCAGCAACGCCAGCGGAUCUGGUGGCUCUAGCAACACUGUUUCCAGUGGAUCUAACUAUGCUUCCGGCCAGACCAGCGCCACAUCCAGCGUUGAUCCGUCCAGCGGCUCUAACCAAAUCACCGGCGCAUCCUCUUCCAGUGCUACCAGCGGCUCUGACCAAACAGCAACCUCAGGCCAAAGCACUUUAACGGGCUCAAGCAGCGCAUCCAGCUCUAGCUCUAGCUCCGACACCAGCUCCGACACCAGCUCCGCCUCCAACCUCAGCUCUAGCUUCUCUGGCUACUUCAAUACCUCAUCCGCCGCUACUUCGACUGCCUCUUCCUCCGGUACCAGCCUCAACACCAUUACCGCCUCCUCUGGCAACUUGGUCUCGCCGGCGCCAGAAUCGGCUACCGUUGCAACCAGCUCUACUGGAUCAGGUACCAGCAGCCAGAGCAGUACCGCAUCCACCUCCACGACUUCCGAAUCCACAUCCGGACAAUCAGAGAGCUCCAGCUCGUCUGCCGUCUCAACAGGAGCCUCGUCUGGUGCGACAACCACGGCCACAGACACUGCAUCCAGCACCAGCUCCACCUCAGCCACGUCAGGAAGCGGAAACGCCACAUCUUCAGAGGCCUCUGGCUCAGACUCUGCAAGCUCGACUUCCUCAGCCACGUCCGAGAGCGGAACCGCCUGCCCUACAUGCACUUCAUCCUCUACUGUCUGCCCAACGUGCACCAGCACAGUUUGUCCUACAUGCACUUCCAGCUCUGAGAGCACAAGCAGCAGCUCGGAAUCAAGCACGGUCUGCCCAACGUGCACAACGACUUCUGGCGCGCAGUCUGAGACUACGGCACAGUCCUCGGAGGCUACAACUGGAGCUUCAACGGACUCUGCUUCUGGAGCUUCAACGGGAGCAUCCACCGAAGCUACCACAGCAUCGACUGAUUCUACCUCUGUGGAAGCUACAACUGGAGCUACAACUGGAGCUUCGAGCGGCACUUCUUCGGCAGUUUCCACGGGAGCUACCGAAGCUACUUCAGGAGCUACUUCAGGAGCCUCGUCUGAGACAUCUACGGACUCCACUACCUCCACCGGCACCAGCUCCACAGUCUCCAGCGACCCAAGCUCCACGGAUUCCGAAUCUGCAGGAUCUUCCACCAACACCGGAGGGUCCUCAACUGGCACUACGGGAGAGUCCACUGCGAGCGAGUCUACAGGACUUUCUAGCUCAUCUUCAGAACUCUCUAGCUCAUCUACGGAACUCUCUAGCUCCUCUACAGGAACUGCUUCCACGGGAUCGAGCACGUCAUCUGCAGGUUCCACAGAUCCUUCCGCUGGCUCUACUGAUAGCUCAGCCGGUUCUACAAAUUCCUCCACCGACUCCGCCAGCUCCACUAGCUCUAACAACUCCAACGAAGCGUCUGCAUCAGCAGACUCCUCUGGUUCCUCCAGCUCCUCCAGCUCUUCCACUGAAUCCUCCACAGGAACCUCAAGUGACACAUCGGCCUCUGGAACUGGAACUGGAGCCUCGGACGCCUCUGGCUCGUCUACUGGCUCUGCCACAGACCCUGCUACCUCCGGCUCAGACUCUUUGUCCCAGACGUCUGGAUCCGCAGCGUCUGGAGCUUCAAACAUUGCUGACCCAGGAGCUUCAAACAUUGCUGACCCAGGAGCUUCGAGCAUUGCAGACCCAGGCACAGCUUCUGACACUGCCUCUACUUCCAGCUCCGACCCCUCUUCUGCUGGCUCCGAAAACACUUCUAGCUCUGCUGGCUCUGGCUCUGGCUCUGGCUCUGGCUCCGGUGGCAGCUCUGGCAGCUCUGGCAGCUCCGAUCCAGAAACCACAGGUGCAGGUUCCCAGGCUACCGCUUCUCAGCCACUGACCGCGGCAUCAAACACCGCGUCCGUCGCCGGCCAGGCCAACGCCCAAACCACGGCCUCCGAGUCCCAGAACACCUCUACACCAGCCAGUGGCUCCAGCUCUGCAACUGACUCUGCAGCUGGCUCUGCUACUGGCUCUGCUACGGGAACUGCAACUGACUCUGGCUCAGACUCUAAUUCUUCCUCCGAUUCUAGCUCGGACUCCAGCUCCAGCUCCAGCUCAGAUUCUGCCUUUGCCUCCGGCGCCGGCUCAGAUUCCGGCUCAGAUUCCGGCUCAGAUUCCGGCUCAGGCUCCAGCUCAGGCUCCAGCUCAGGCUCCGGCACCAACUCCGGCUCGUCCUCUGCGCAGACAACUUCGUCUGCUGCUUCCGGCAGUGACACUUCUCACUCUGCCAGCCAAUCUACCCUCUACACCAGCACGGUCUCGAGCAGUGCGUCCGGCUCUUCCGCCACUGCCAGCUCGGUGGCCACCUUCGAAGGUGGCGCAGCCCGUUCUGCAACCACUUCGCUGCUCUUCGGGUUCCUGGCACUUGUUUACUUCAUCUGA